AUGGAUGCCGAGCACAACGAUGACUCCCUGGUCGAUAUCGACGGCGUCUGCGAGCGUUGCCGCAGUAUAGCAUGGGAUGGAUCGAAAUCCAGUCAAUUCAUUAGCGAUUACAGUACCGAUCAUCAAAUGUUUCAUGUUAUUUCAUUCGUCGAGGGUUGUCGCAUCUGUCGCUUCCUAACUAGAUUUCUAUCUUCAAACUUCGGCUCAACUUUCCCGAACGAAGCUGUCCUGAAGACUAGCCCGUGUAAGGAUGAGAGGCUCUUGGGACCUGGACUUGAGUCAUCUUUUGUUUGCUCCUUUGAGAUACAGGCUACAACAUCUUCACAUACCUUACCGCAUAACGCGAGGGGGUUAAUAGUGAUUUCUCGUCUCGACCCCACCACGGCUACAAGUGCCUUUCAACACCUCUCGCCACCAGAAGUGCCCAUAUCGCGUAUAAAGAACUGGAUCAAAGCAUGCGAGGACUGCCACGGGCAGUGUAGGUUGGACGAGUAUCCACAUCUUUCAGAUCUGAGAGUCAUCGACUGUGAGCGGCAAAUCGUCAUCAACGCUCCAACCAAGUGCAAGUUUGUUGCAUUGUCGUACGUCUGGGGUGAUCCAAAAACUCAGUCUGGUGUCCAAGACACAGUAAACUUGCAGCAACAACCUCGGACAAUUCAGCAAAGCAUAUCGACCACGCUCGAUCUAGGGUACAAGUACCUGUGGGUUGAUAGAUGCUGCAUUGUGCAGGAAGAUGUAGAGGAUAAGGCUAGACAGAUAUCGCAGAUGGCCAGCAUCUACAAGGCAGCCCAACUCACCAUCAUUGCUGCAGCUGGGGCUGAUCCUGCGCACGGUCUUCCUGGUGUAAGACCCCACCUACGACCUAGUCAGGAUAUAUACCAUGAGACUAUCGAUUCGUUCUGCUUGUCAGCUUUGCCAGCGAUGCGCAACCUCGCAGAUAUCGCCGACUCGAAAUGGGCUUCUCGAGCUUGGACGUUUCAAGAAGGAUUUAGUUCCAGACGGCGUCUGAUAUUCACCAAUCGACAAGUCAUAUUUGUUUGCAACACCGAUGUUUUCUACGAGUCUCCAGUUGAGUUGGAUCAUACUGAGGUGCCAAACCUAGAUGGAUGGAUCCCACCCAGACACAGGAAUACAACAUCGAUUCGGAGCACUUCUCGAAAAUACCCACUGCAAGGGAUCAUACGAAGUCUCACUGAGUACAGUGGACGCGAUCUAACACGUGAGGAUGACGCUCUGAGGGCUAUAGAAGGUACUCUGAAUAUGUUGCUAAAAAAGAAUGAGAACCAUAUUUGGGGUGUCCCAUUUCGCUUCCUGGGCUCAGUCUCGACCGCUGGAAGCCGCUCGAGGCCUGUCGCUGUACAGUCGACAGACAGCCAUCUUGCAGAAGUGUUGGAAAAAGUCGAGAUCUGUCUGCUCUGGCACCAUUAUAAACCAUGCCGUCGUCGAUCAGGAUUCCCGAGCUGGUCUACUUUGGGCUGGGCGGGAAGUAAAACGAUACCGUGGUUGCGUGAAGAAACAUACACGGGUUUCAUCUCACUGCACACCCCGGAAGGACCGAAAGCGCUACCGAAAUGCAACAUUCGCUAUGAUACAGACUUAACGAGCCCGCCGAAAAAACUUGAGAUAAUUGCUAAGGUAAUGGACAUGCGUGUUGGACUUUGCCGCGUGGAGAGCCCUUGGGAAUCGAGCAGCUCUGAAGAGAGCUCAAAGUAUGCCACAUUCGACGUAAGCGGAGAAGUUGAAGUAAGAGAUUAUGCUCAAUUGGAUGAUAAUUCAUUGGAGUUCGAGGAUUGUCUAAAAGCCAUGGUUGUCAACAAACACCUCAUGCUCCUCAAGCCGCAGGAUGGUCAUUACGAACGAAUCGGCUUCUGUACUUGGAGCACAGGGUCCCUGACUGAUUUUCUUCGCCGUGGUUUGCUUUACGAGAAGAAGAGCGCACGUCAUAUGGAGUUGCCCCUCUCGUACCAACAGCAAGCACAGUUUGAAGCUUGCUGUCAGGGCGACCAUGACAACGAACCGUGGUGGGAGGACAUGGUCAAGGAAGAACUCAUUGUGCUUGGAUAA